GACCACCCUACGCUCCCCAGCGCCCCCCCUCCCUCCGCUAGGGUUACCAAGGAGGGUUUUUCAGUGCUUGUCUCGUUGGUUUGCGAUGGGCAGCAUCACAAAGGCUCAGUGAUUCCUGGCUGGUUUUGCACGGAUGCUUGACAGAGCUCAGCUGAAGACACGGCAGCAUUUUGUGGACUAUUUGACCUAAAAUAAGGCGGUGAACUUGGCCGAUAUCUGUAUUAACUCCUCGACUACACAGCACAGCAAACACCAUGGAAGAAGACAUGGAUGAGGGGCAGACCCAAAAAGGGUGCCUGGAAUGCUGCAUCAAAUGCCUGGGUGGGAUCCCCUACCCUUCGCUGAUAGCCACCAUCUUGCUCUACGCCGGCGUGGCUCUAUUCUGCGGUUGCGGACAUGAGGCUUUGUCCGGCACCGUCACUAUUCUACAAAAUUACUUUGAGGUGGUGCGGAGCCCCGUCGAUGCACUGGACGUCUUCACCAUGAUCGACAUCAUCAAGUACGUGAUCUACGGCAUUGCGUCGGCAUUCUUCGUCUACGGCAUCCUGCUCAUGGUGGAAGGCUUUUUCACCAGCGGUGCAAUCAAAGAUCUCUAUGGAGACUUCAAGAUCACCACCUGCGGACGCUGUGUCAGCGCUUGGUUCAUCAUGCUGACGUACAUCUUCAUGCUGGCCUGGCUCGGAGUGACAGCUUUCACCUCCGUGCCCGUCUUUAUCUAUUUCAACAUCUGGAAUAUUUGCCAAAAUGCAACCGUGCUGGAGGGAACCACUCUAUGUCUGGACCCCCGCCAAUAUGGCAUCGUGCCGCUUGCCAAGGCAAAAACAGUGUGUGCCGGACGAGAGGACUUCUACAAGAUGUGUGAAUCCAACGAGCUGAACAUGACCUUCCACCUGUUCAUCUGCGCCUUGGCUGGAGCAGGAGCUGCCGUCAUUGCGAUGAUCCACUACUUGAUGGUGCUGUCAGCCAACUGGGCUUACGUGAAGGACGCGUGCCGGAUGCAGAAGUACGAGGACAUCAAGUCCAAGGAGGAGCAGGAGCUUCACGACAUCCACUCCACUCGCUCCAAGGAACGACUCAACGCUUACACAUAAAAAAACCAAGCAGGACACUCCGGCCCCCCCUUCUCUCUCUACCCUCCUCCCUCUAUCUCAUUUCUGUCUUUCUAACUGUCUCUCUCUCUCUCUCUCUACCACGGGAGGGCGGAUGGCGCCCGGGGUGGGGGCCAAAACCACCUCUGAUGUCACUGGUGCGUCACAUGAGAAUGUGGUUUGUGGGGGGGUGGAUGUCACACAAACAGCCCCAGCCACAAGCAACAUUUCUGUUGACAUCAAAAGCCCGUUUACCUCUCUCUCUCUCUCUCUCUUGGAUGCUGUUUAUUAUCAUUAUGGCAGUUAUUGGAAUAUAAAAAAAGUUCAGUGCCCAUGGUAGUUGUAGUGUAGUUUGUAGAAUCACAAGUAGCAGUGAUAGUUUUGAAUUAUUUUUUACUUUUUUCUCUUAAAUAUUAUUUAUUUUUAUUUGAUUUAUGAGGGGGUGAAAAGGGGCUUUAAAGGGUUCUCAAGCACAUUUCUCAUCUCAUGAUGUGUGAUAUCAAUGUACUGUAUGUGAAUUUUUUUCUGGGAAAAAAAAAAAGUGUUGCCAGGGAUUAAAACCACUAAUCACAACACAGUAUCUUAAUCGACUUUAUAUUUUAAAUACAUAAAAAACAAUAAAUACCAAAUCAUUUGAUAAAGCCACGCUAGAUGUGCCGCACCUGUUAAACAGGAUAAGUAUAUUUUGAUUGAUAUGAAAAAUGGGGCUAAAUCAAAGUGGGUUAUUUUAUGCUACAAUAUUUUUGAAGUAACUGUGGACUGUGAAUGGUUCCAUCGUCAUUAAAGCACACGCUCAUCGAUUUCUGAUAAAUAAUCACAUUUUUUUGCAGACUCUGCACUGUACAUACAUACGAUAUAUCAAAGCAUUCCUAUAUGUCAUGAAGUACUGCGAUUGGAGUUACGGAGGAGAACAGCAGACGGUCUGAUGGGGGAAAAGUGUGAUUGUCGUGUUCAUCACAAGAAGAAGCCUGACAGCUGAUGUGCCAGUAAAAACAAUAAAUAUCGUCAGUGUUUAUGCGCUUAUUCGAUCAUGUCUGUGCUCUCGUUAGCGCGUCGGUGUUCAACUCCAAGUUGGAAAACUGUACUGUUAGUAAAGACUGUGAAUUUAGAUGUUUUUUCGUGGCAUGGACAUGCAUUAAUAUAGUCUGAUCGACUCAAAAGUUACUUUUCUCUCACUUGUUUACUUUUAUUUCGACACUUUUGCCUGUCUUGCUGGACCAGCCCUUUGUUUCAAUGUGCAGUAUACUAAAGCUUCCAUAUUACGCUUACAGCACCAUGCAACUUAUAUAGAGACUGUAGUGUUUUUAAGUUGUGUUGAUUUAGUUUGUGAUGAGGAAACGUCCUAAAAGAUGAUACUUGUACCGACAUUGCUUAAUCUGUACUGAUCCGCUCUCGGCUUUCUCCUUGUAUUUGUCUUUUGUACUUUCACUACCAAUGCUUAGUAGAGAGGCUUUACCAAUUGGAUUUGUUUUGUAUACAUCCAUGUGCCAACAGCUUGAAGUGGCUUAUUUGACCUGUAUGAUCAAAUUUGCUUGCAUAAAUAAAACUCACUUGUGUAUUUGUUGAUUAA